CGGGGUGCCCGGUCCCUCCCCCGCCCCCCUCGGCUGCUCGCGGCACCGGGCACCGCAGCGCGGCCGGGCCGAGCCGGGCAGCCGUUGGGGCUCCGGAGCCGCCGGUGUCCGCCCCGCCGUGGGGCUGGGCCCCCCGCGAUGAAGUGACAGCGGGCGGCCCCCUGUGCCCGCGGGGAGGGGGUGGCGCUGCCGGCGCGGACCCGAGCCGAGCGGCCGCGCCAUGAGCUACCAGCAGCAGCUGGCCAACUCGGUAGCCAUCCGCGCCGAGAUCCAGCGCUUCGAGUCCGUGCACCCCAACAUCUACUCCGUCUACGAGCUGCUGGAGCGGGUGGACGAGCCGGCGCUGCAGGGCCAGCUCCGCGAGCAUGUCAUCGCCAUCGAGGAUGCUUUUGUAAAUAGCCAGGAGUGGACACUAAGUCGAUCUGUACCAGAGCUGAAAGUGGGAAUUGUGGGGAAUUUAGCUAGUGGCAAGUCUGCACUUGUGCACCGGUAUCUGACUGGCACGUAUGUCCAGGAGGAAUCUCCUGAAGGUGGGAGAUUCAAGAAAGAGAUAGUAGUUGAUGGACAAAGCUAUCUGCUGCUGAUUAGAGAUGAAGGGGGACCUCCAGAGGCACAGUUUGCCAUGUGGGUCGAUGCUGUUAUAUUUGUCUUCAGCUUGGAAGACGAAAUAAGCUUCCAGACAGUUUACCACUACUACAGUCGUAUGGCUAACUAUCGUAACACUAAUGAAAUCCCAAUGGUACUAGUGGGAACUCAGGAUGCUAUAAGCUCUAAUAAUCCACGUGUUAUUGAUGAUGCCAGAGCAAGAAAGUUGUCGAACGAUUUGAAGAGAUGCACUUACUAUGAAACCUGUGCUACUUACGGACUGAAUGUGGAAAGGGUCUUCCAAGAUGAUUAUAUUUAUAUCUACUUAAGAAAUGUCUUUAUGCAGGGUGUGCUGCUAAAGCGAAGUGGCAAGUCAUUGAAUAAAGAGUGGAAGAAGAAAUAUGUUACGUUGUGUGACAAUGGUGUACUGACCUAUCAUCCCAGUUUACAUGACUAUAUGCAGAACGUUCAUGGAAAAGAAAUCGACCUUUUGAGAACUACUGUGAAAGUGCCAGGAAAGAGGCCACCUCGAGCGACAUCAGCUUGUGCACCCAUCUCCAGUCCCAAAACCAAUGGCAUGUCCAAAGACAUGAGCAGUUUACACAUCUCUCCUAAUUCAGGAAAUGUGACUACUAGUACGUCUGUGUCUCAGAUGGCAAGUGGGAUCAGUCUAGUCUCCUUCAACAGUCGCCCCGAUGGUAUGCAUCAGCGCUCCUACUCAGUUUCCAGUGCUGACCAGUGGAGUGAGGCAACAGUCAUUGCAAACUCUGGCAUCAGCAGUGAUACUGGUUUGGGAGAUUCGGUGUGUUCAAGUCCAAGUAUAUCCAGUACCACAAGUCCCAAACUGGAUCCUCCUCCCUCCCCUCAUGCCAACAGAAAGAAACAUCGUAGGAAGAAAAGCACUAGCAAUUUUAAAGCUGAUGGUAUCUCAGGCACUGCUGAAGAACAAGAAGAAAACUUCGAGUUUAUCAUCGUUUCCCUCACCGGCCAGACCUGGCACUUUGAAGCAACCACAUAUGAAGAAAGAGAUGCGUGGGUACAAGCCAUAGAGAGUCAGAUCCUGGCCAGUUUACAGUCCUGUGAGAGCAGUAAGAAUAAGUCCCGACUGACAAGUCAGAAUGAGGCCAUGGCCCUUCAGUCAAUAAGAAACAUCAGAGGCAAUUCUCACUGUGUGGACUGCGAGGCACAAGACCCUGACUGGGCCAGCCUGAAUCUGGGAGCCCUCAUGUGUAUCGAAUGCUCAGGUAUACACCGGAACCUUGGCACACACUUGUCACGUGUCCGGUCACUUGACCUGGAUGAUUGGCCUAUAGAACUCAUCAAGGUGAUGUCAUCCAUUGGGAAUGAACUAGCAAACAGUGUCUGGGAGGAGAGUAGCCAGGGACGUAUGAAGCCCUCUUCAGACUCCACAAGGGAAGAAAAAGAGCGCUGGAUACGUGCUAAAUAUGAACAGAAGCUCUUCCUUGCCCCGCUGCAGUGCUUGGAACUUUCUUUAGGCCAGCAUCUGCUACAGGCGACAGCUGAUGAGGACUUGCGGACUGUCAUCCUGCUCCUGGCCCAUGGAACCCGGGAAGAAGUGAAUGAGACCUGCGGAGAUGGGGAUGGGCGCACAGCCCUUCACUUGGCAUGUAGGAAAGGAAAUGUAGUGCUAGUUCAGCUCUUAAUUUGGUAUGGCGUGGAUGUUAUGGCCCGUGAUGCCCAUGGGAACACGGCUUUAGCCUAUGCCAGGCAAGCCACAGGUCAGGAAUGCAUUGAUGUUCUCCUGCAGUAUGGCUGCCCUGAUGAGCGCUUUGUCCUGAUGGCUACUCCCAAUUUGUCCAGGAAGAACAAUAACAGGAACAACAGCAGUGGAAGAAUGCCCACCAUCAUCUGAGGAACUUACUCAUUUCUUUACUGACCUGAGUAACAUCCACAGCCUCAUAUUGCUCCAUUUUCUUCCCAACUCUGACCUGUGAGUCUUAUACCUCCCCAUCUCCCUUUUUCCCUCAGUCUCUGUCCUCUCCAGAAAAAUCACAUCUGGACAGUGUGACGGGACCAGAGGAGAAAAGGGGGCUGCAGAAACCCUUUAUUUUAAUAAAAGGUCUUGAAUAAGGAAAACUGAAAAAGGGAGGGGUUGUGAGAGAGAGUGGUUGUGAGGUCUCUAAUUAUAGCACAUGACAUGGGACCAUUUUACUAGUAGUCUUCAGGCAAAGGCUCUACAAGUGUUGAAAAAAGGGGUGGAGGGAGAAGAAAGGAGGAGGAAGAGGAGAUGAAAGAAGAAAUGGGAACUUUCCUUAACUGACAGUUAAGCACAUCAGUACAUUUCACCUCUACAAAACGGAACACUUGGAUUUCAUUCUCUUCUCCGAAGAGCUUGACGGCAUAAAUCAGAAGCAAGCACAGAGUUUGUCAGGUUUGAAGCUCCUAUGAUGGUAUGUGUCAAAUCAGUUGUAGCUAAUCUGUCCAGGGAGAAUACCGGCUUCAUUACACUUGUAUAGUUGAGUUCUUCCAGCAUUACUGCUGUUUAAUAGAACAUGAUUAGUCAUCACGGAGAAAAAAGCAUAUUAGCUGAGGAGGUAGUUACAUGGCACGCUUCGGUGAUUGCUUGGAUGUGAUUGCAAUAUUCUUAGAAGCAUCAUAUUAUCUCAGACAUGUUCUUUCAAGCCCUUGGAGCCCUCCUUUCUAAAUUCACUGUCAUAAUUUAGUAUCUGUUUAAUUUUUCAGUCCAAAGAGAGGAAAUCGGUUGCUGAGUGUUAUUUGACUGCAGUCUCCUUGGUGUAAAAACAAAAUGGAAAAAAUAAAUAAGAAUAACUAUGAAACACAAAAAUAAAUAAUGAAUACUGCUAAGGAAAAACAUUUCAAGUACAUUUAGUAAAACAAAUAAAUGCAUUAAAGGCUACUAUUUUUUUCAGUCACAAGAAAUACGUUGUGUCAUUUUGCCAAGUAAGUGUGUUGAUUUUUUUUGAUCACUGUUGUGAUGCAUUGCCUAAAUUAUACAGAUUUUGUAUUGUGUCUUUAGAUUAUGUGUAUGUAAAUCUAUUUGAAUAAACAAGUUCAUAAAUAUGCAUUGAUUUUUGUACAGACAAAUGACACCUCUGUUAAUUUAUAAACUAUAAUGGAUGUGAACUAAAUAAUGUGCAAGUACUUAGGAUCUGAGGUUUACAAAUAAUUGCACAUUGAAAAUAUUCCCAGCAGUGAACUGUAUUUCCAUUUGUUUGAUGCAGACCUUUGAAGAACAUAUUGGAAUGAGAUGAUAGCAUAUUUGGCUUGCAAAAAAAAGGUGUACGGUAUCUAUGAGGAAGAAAAGGAGGAUGUCUCUCAGUAGCGUAAACAUAUUUUCCAUUAGAAGCUGUGAUGCUUUCACAGACCGAGACAAAGCCUGGGGGCGGGGGGGAGAUCAGAUUUGUCUAAUAGCUAAACUUAAUGUCGUUCUCUGAAGUGGGCAUGGCCUGGCUCCUUUGACUCACAACUUGGAUGCUUUGUGGAGCAACAAUGAUAUGUGGAAGGAGUUUGGACAGUUCAUCCAUCUACCAGUUUUAAUACUUGACUCAAUAUUUUGGUAACUCUAGAUUGAUGCUGGUUUCUGAAAUUUUCUAAAAACUGAACUUGUGGCGCAGAGAAAUAGAUGGCAAAAAGAGAAGUGAUUUAUAAGUGGCAUAUGGUAAAAUGAAGGUGAGAGAAGGGUGUUUUUCAGGGAAAGCUGAAAUCUGAUCUGACUCGUGGCAGAGGAACAAGUGUAUGAAGUUGGUCAGGUGCACCACAGCACACUCAUUUGCUAAUCUACCUGAUCUUGGUGUAUUUCACGAGUGUCUGUACUUCUUGAGGCUCUGUAUGUCUGUUCAGAUCAGAAUAGGAAGAGAAAAUAAUAAAAUUUAUGUGGACAAAAUUGCGGGGGAGGGGGGAAUGUAAUAUCCCAUGGGUGUCCAAAAGAGGCAGGUUUGGCCCAAAAGCCAUAGUCCCCAAAUGAUCAGGUAAGAGAAGUCCCAGGGCUCAAGCAGGCGGACAUCGAUGGGCUUUCCUGGUCCUUUAUGAUUUGUUGCAGUAGGGACAUUUAAAGGGGAAUGGAAAAAGCUUUUAACGUUCAUUUUACCACCUUAUGUCAGCAGCAUCAUACGUGCGCAUGUGCAUUCCAAAUGAUAAAGCUAUUUUUUGGUGGUGUUUUUUUUUUUUAAAAGUAGUUUGCAUAACGGCGCCAUCUUUACUCACGCUGCCAUCUGAGCUUAGAUAUUGACAGGUAUCUUCCUCCAGCCUUGGAUGACUUCACUAACAUCUACAAUUGAAUAUGAAACUGCACACUCUGCUGCUGGGUGUUGGCGAUCUUACUGUCUCUAGCAGGGGACACAGUAACCUGCUCUCCAGUCUCUUGGCACGCUGGUGAAGUAGGAAUUGAGAGUCUGAUUUCCAGAAGUGCUAACCAGCCCCCCGCCAUUUAAAAUACUUAGUUUUAAAACAAGUUGCCAUUUUUAAGCCUAUAACACAUGCUUUUUCAAAGCUGGUAUUCUGCCAAGUUUAAAAUGCUUUUCCAUUCACCUUUCAAUGAUCUCUUUAAACCAGUCUUCCUAGCAUUAAACAUACCAGCGCACUAAGAAAUAAGGGGAACCAGGCUAAAUUGUAACAAGUUUGACACUGUAGAGGUCCAUCAUAUCCUUCUGUGGUAAAGGAAGACAUUCAGAAAGUGUAGCAAAGCAAUCUUUAGAAAAGGAAACUCUACUGUAUCAUAGGAAGGAUGGUUUAUCCAGACAAACAGAAUAUUAACACACUACUUUAGAUAAAGCAGUAACACAGUUGUGUUUAAAUUAGCACAUAUUUUUCUUAGACAUAUUAGUAAGGGAUGAUAAUAGCAGUGUAGACCAGUGCUUUUGUAGACUAUGAGAUAGCUUACCUCUUUCUAGUGGCAUAUCCCAAAAGUCAAGGGAUGUCUGCAGGGAAAAUAUACAGCCCAUCCACUUGGUGGCAUUCUCUUUGAAAGAGUGGGAAGGCCACCCAGACAUUGUCCCUGGGGAUAAUGUAGUGCGCACUAGAUGUGGAAGGCUUGUCAUUGCUUUGAUAGAUGUGGCUUAGGCCCUAACAAACCUACAUUUUUGUGCUAUCUAAUAUUCAUACCUGUAACAAAUUCCCCCCUCGCCUCCCACUGAGAUGGGAGGAGUAGCAAAGGGGUUAAUGAGGCACAAGUUACCAUAUCUGAGCAGAUUCAGGGCCACUUGUCUCCCAGGAAGUUUGAGGCCUCAGGUACUUAUUCAAGGAAGAUUGGUCAGAAGUGGCUGGAAAGGGGUAAGGCACUGCUUGGGCCUUUGGUCUUUAGGACUCACACCGUGAGAGGCAAUGUGACAAGAUCAGGCCAGUGUGAAUACCAUCCCCUGCUUGUUGCUGGCUCUCUGUCUUGUGCAGUAUAAUAUGUACUGUACUUAAAGAAACAACAAAAAUCUUCUCGCCUGGUGUUCCAGACUGUCUCCUAAACUUCAGAUUAAGAAAAGUUUCAUGUUUUCCUUUGUAAGAUAGACCCCAUUUUAUCUCCUUCAGACACUAGGGUACAAGGUGCCCAGAGUUGAUGCUUAAUAAAUAUCUCCCGGAGAUCCAGCAGAGCUAGUCUGAUUCUGAUUGGCAUUAGAAGCUGAUAUUUUUGACACUAAGCGCUUAUAGGUGAUGUGGUAGCAUUUUGCAGAGGGUGCUCCUGACCCCACCAAGCCAUUGAAACACAAAGGAAACAGUAAGACUUCUAGACUCCACAGUCAUUUUUUACGUUGAUUCUUCUCUUUUAACCUGUCCGCUUCAGUUCCUCACUUCUGCUUCUAGCCCCUCUUGCGAUUCUGGAACCCACUUACUAGAAUGUUUACGCCCUUUGAGCGUGUUAGGAGCAACUUAAAAACAAUGUCACCCAUUCAACCCUUUUCCUGCUCCUGUUAUCUUCUUCUCUAUCUCCUCUGCAGUUUAUCCACGAGUAAUAAGACACUAAAUCAAAGCCAUCUUUGCUAUUAGCAUUGGCAUUUCCAUUCUAUGUAUUUUAAUCCAAUUGCUGUUGAACCAUAGAGAUGACCCUGAUGCGCAACACCUGGCUCUUGAUGUUCCCAGAGUUUGGAAAGCUGCUUUUCAUCUUGUAGACAUAGGGGCCAGAUCCAAACUUCUGGAAAGUUUAGGAUUUUCCAGAUCAGGGGGUUUGGUCAGAGCUCCUCUCUGUUUAAUAGAUUUCAAUUUUAUUACUGAAUGGGGGCAGAAGAAUGUAUCUUGAAAAUGUUGGUGCAUUCUGGUUCACAUGCUAUUUAGGAAGCUGUUUAUUCGUUGGGAAAGGGAGAAGAUUUUUAGGCAUUGCUACCUAGGUACUGUGUGUAACUGCUGUGUAAACAUUAAUACUGUUUAUUUUACUGUCUCUUUCCCUCGCCUCCUUCAAUUAUAUUUUGUAGGGAGAAAAGAGCUUCCCCUUCACUUGAUAUGAGAUUUGCUCAUAGGAAGGGGAUGUUGGGUAAAAUAGGAAAUAAGUCUGAGAAAGGUUGUGAAUAUAUAAUGUUAAAUACACUCCCCUAAAAACUGUAUCUAGCACUACUCAUGGGGCCUGCACUGAGGGUCCAAUUUGUUGCUAUUUUCAUCUUUUAUAUUUGUACGAUGAUCAGGAAAGAUGAAGCAAUAUGUGGGUUUAAUAAUGUAGCAGUAGCUAAGACAAGCACAGAUUUCAGAAAAGAUUUCUAAAAAGUGGAUUCCUUCACUACUGUUUCGGGGAGCUGUGUUUGCACCCCAACAGGGAACAUGUGUUCAUUCAAGCUAUCACUACUCUACUUUGAGAAUGCAAAUGUAGGGGACCAAAUUUUGAGCAGUUUAGCCCUUGCUUGGGAAAAUGCUGAUAAUUCCCUUGUUCGUGUUUUAUAUUAAAGCACCUUUAUUUUCCCACAGUGGGCUAUUAUCGUCAUUAGUGUGUGGGAUCUCUGACCUUUGCUUCAUUGGUCUCGGACCCCAGAUUUAUUUUAACUUCUCUUAUUCCAUUUUUGUAGAUUUGUCAUUUAGAAAGGCAAUCUUUGGCAUUUUAUCUGUUUGCUCCACUAUAAAAGCACUCCUGGUCGCAAUUCUUUUUGAUGAAAGAAUAAAAUAAAUCUCAAGUCUGAAGUUGUGUUUUUCAGAUCAUAUUGCAUAUUGAACUACAAGAAGAAGAGUGGUUAAGUAGUUAUAGUUUGAAGGGAUCUCCCAGCUGGAAAAGAUAUAGAUUACAAGGCAAAUUAUAAAAAGCCAUAGGCAUAUAGAUUUGUUAUAUGACCAUGUUCUGUUUGUUAUCAUGAACCAGGGUUUUUUUUAAAUCUUUGGUGCUCCCAUUCUCAUGGAAACUAAUCUUUAUUUGACUGAGUCCAAGUCACGUAUUUUAAGCAGAGGAGAUAAAAGUUUUCAGCAGCAGUUAGUAAUUUGGGGUGCCUAAAUUGAGAAUUUCAGAGGGCUGGGUGCUCAACACUUACUGAAAAUAAGGCCCUCAGACUGGCACCCCAAAAUCACUAGUCUCUUUUUUGGAAAUCAUGGCUUUUGUUGUUUUAUUUCAGGUGACAGCAAUAUAUGGGUGAAUUCAUUCCCUAUGCUUGUCCUCUGAGCAUUUUAGAGACUUUUGUUUAAUGGGCAGAUAAAACAUUUAAAGAUGUUUAUAUUUAACUUGUUUAGCUUUCUUAUUUACAUCUAAAAUUUCUGGCACGUCCACAUGACAAAGGUGAGUUCACUGACUCUCAAAACUUCAAUCUUCUGUCUCCUCUCUUGGCCACCAACCUGUGGGUGUUUGUACUGAACGCCUACUGCUCAUAGUUCUGACAGCUCCAGAGCUAGUCAUUUUCAUUGUAGUGUGUAUAUUAGAUUAAAAUGUGAGGGAGAAAGUGGUGUCGGGUGUUAUAAAGCUUUUAUUGGCAUGAGUUUGGAAUGACGGUAUCAUUGACCAGCAGUGAUUACACCAUCAGAUACCUUAUGUGUGCCACAUAUAGAAAAACUGAUCAGCGGUUUCCGGUUUCUGCAAAUAUCAAUGGUACAAUUUUUCUUGUAUCUUUGCACCUUUAAAGCUAAGUUAUCUAAGUCAAGGUGGAGGAUGGGAAAAAUGAGUACAUUUUAGAAACCUCUUAAAAAUUAUCCAAAACUUUUUGUCAUAAUAUUGCAGCUUUAGUCUGAAAUCUCAUGCCUUGUCACAGCUAUGAACAGAUACGCUAUCCGAUUAGAAAAUUGGGUCUGUCCUUGUUCCUUUCCAGUAGCAUUUAAUCUUUUCCUAGUCCUGAUGGACCACAAGAUAUGGGACCUUAAACCUGCCACUAGUGGAGGACUUAAUUAUUGUCCAACCUGUAGAUAAGGCCAGUGUAAUUCUCAAAGCUAAUUUCACAAUUAGGGUGGGAGGAAAUGUGUGGCAGGUUCAUUGGAGGGGGGGGAGUGUGUUUGGCAAGCAGCUCAGUGAUUUGUCAUCUUAGAAUGAGACGCAGUAAAGUUGGAUUAUUACUGGGCAGAGUGCAAGAAAAACUGGCAAAGUUGCAAGAUAAAGGCAAUGGAUGGAUACUACUAAAUGUAUGAUAUACAAAUAUUUUGCAGUCUGUGUAUGCAUAUGUUAAUAUAUACAUAUAUGCUAUAUAUAACACAUGCGAUAUAAUUUUAUAUAUAGUGUGUGUACAUAUAUUUACAUAUAUGCAAAUUAUAGUGAGUGCCAGGUUUUCAGUUAGGUGUACAUAACUGCACAUUUUCACACUCCUAAUUUAUAUGCAUGAAUAUGUGCAUGCAUGAAGCAGAUGUUUGCAAGCAUAAAUGAGGCAUGCACAGAUAGAUGCACAGAACUGUGGCUGUCCAAUCAAUAGCAGACACUGUGUAUGUAGAGAUAAUUAUGCAGAAGGAGGCAUACAGUGGUACUUCUGGGUGCCCACUGAGUGUAUGGGACUCUUAGUUCAGAUGAUGGUGAGGCAGGCAACUGGUUGCGAGCAUCGAUUCAGCUUAUUUAGAAAACUCCUUCAAACUAAAGGCGCACGCAGUGUCUUUAUCAAAAAACCUCAAACUCACCACUCAUCACGGGAUUAGUUCUACCGUGAUUAAAAAUGGCAUAGUCAGCUCGCAGGGUUAACCACUGUGGUCUAUGCAGCCAUAGUGGUGUGUUUAUAUUCUAUGAAAGAUGAGUAAAAUGCUAGGGUGGGAAAGAGAUGCAGAAGUUGAGAAGGACAGCGGACUCACCAGUCAGAAGCCUAUUUUGAUGUAUAUAAUUAUGGGGAAAAUGCUGAGAACUUCAGCUGACUGGCUGAAUUGAACUGUGAGAAUGACAGUCUGACCUUCUGCGACUGUUUUGAAUAAAUGCCAUUUGACAUCUUACUGCCAUAUAAUGUGUGUAUAUAUAUAUAUAGGAUAGUUCAGGAAUCCACUCCGAGGAAGAUGUUUAAAAGAGCACUGUCCAGGUUGACCCUUAGACCACUCCCUGCUCUUCCCUUCACAUGUUCGUUAGCUAAAUUGUGGCAGUAUAUUAGUUUCUGAUGAGAUUGUAAGCAUGGACUCUAGGGUAUGUUAAGGCACUGCAUAAUAGUGGGCAGUCCACAAAUAUUAGAUCAUGAUUCGCACCCUUGCUCUCAGUGACCACUGCAGCUUGUAAUCGUGGUAGGGGAAAUAUGUUAGAGAGCUCAAAGCUGAUAAGGUAAAGAUGCCGGUUCUCUGCAGUGAAGGGAGGUAUGUUGGAAAACACAGCUGUGGGAGUGAAAUUUUUUUUUUUAAUUUUUCCCCUCCUUGUACUUGAAUAUCUUAUAGGACAGGCUAAUUCUUCUUUUAAAUGACUGAUGUAUUCCAGGCUUGAAUUGGAUUCAAGAUGCACACUGCAGCUCUGCAUUGCGUCCACUGGGGUCAUUUUGCCAAUCCACAGAUUGUCCUCUGAAGCACAGCCCUCUCUGUGGAAAUACAAGGCUUCCUGAGCCACAGAAUGUGGGACACAAAUUGGUCCAAUCAACUUUAUUUUUUUUAGGCUAAAGAAAACUUCAAGAUAGUUUUGAAUUGUUACACCAUUUGUACAGACUGCACAAAGGGAGAGAGAACAUGUGGACUGAUUGUCUUUUUAAACACUUGUUAGGGAGUUGUGCUGUGUAGAAAAGAUUCGAUAGCUCUUUGUAGUUUCUCACUUUGUCUCUCCUAGGUUUCAUGUUUGCCGUGAGUCCAAUCCUGCAGCCUUUACGGUGACGAUCCUCCCAUUGGCUCCAGUGGGAUUUAAGCACGACCUUAGGUACUUGGCUGAAUCAGAGCCUGAAUAAAGGCUGCAGGAUCAGGCUAGAAAUCACAAAGGGCUAAAUUCUGGACUCAUUGAAGUCAAGGGGAAUUUUGCCACUGAGAUCAGAAUUUGGCACUCAAGCUGGACAACAUGGCUUAUAAGAUUCCUUUCUUUUGGAAGUCCCAUUGGUCACCCAUUUGUGGUGGUUAAACAUUUGUGUUUUAUGCCUGCCUGAAUGCAGCCCUUAAGAGUUCUACACUGUUUUACUGUUCUGUCCCAUUCAGCCAUCAAACCCUUUAGUUUCCUUGCAUUGUCACAUUCGCAUGUUUCUUAAAGUGGGGUUUGGGGGUGGGGGGAAGGGAACAGGUGAAUGGUGAUGCCCAAGAAAUGUUUCCUGGGUGGACGCAGGAAAUGCCUAGCACAUGACAGACUUUAUAGUGUGUGGUUUCGGUUUCUGUAAAUAGUCAUGUAUAAAUGAUGACAAAGCAGUGUGGAAAUUAUUAAAAGAAACAAAAAGUCUCUUCGGUUGUUUUUUUUUUUAUAUUACCUCAUUCAGCAAGUUUGUUUUACAAUGACGCAAUGAUGCUUUAUUUAUAUUGUUUGUACUGUAAUUAAAACAAUUGACAGACAUUUCACUUUGCUUGUUGUUUCAUAUGAUCUUGUUUUGAUUAAAUAUGCCAGUUUGUAUUAUGUUUCCCUUCAACCCAUGCUCCACCUUAAGAUUUUGUGUCAGCUGUACAGUAUUCUGAGUUUUUAAAAAAAAAUGUAAAGUAAUGCAGAGAGGGACUGCCAUACUGUAUAGGUCUCUUUCUAAUAAAGACAACAAAACAUA